UUUUGAACUAAAAAAGUAGAAGAGAAAAAAAGAAAAAUAAACGGCAAGGUUUAACAAGUAUUUAGAGAUUUUCCUGUUUUUAAGGGGAAUUUUAAUAAUUUAUGUAUUAAAUAUUAUAAAAAAUUAAAACAAUACAAAAUGCUAAGAACCUUAAUAGUUGAUUUUAAUAAAUUAAGUCUGCGGCCUGUGUCUGUUACACAAGUGCGUCAAAAGGGUCAUUUGAGCCGGCCACACUUAAGAAAUCCAUCAUGGUUUUUAAGAAAAGAACGCAAGAUGCGUGAUAAUUUGGUCACACCCGAAAACAAAUCUUUUGUCCAAGAGUUGGUUCAUGAUAAAUUUGGUCCUCCUGCUUUAAUAAAAGGUGUACCAUCCUAUGAUCAGUCCAUACGUGAACAAUUGGUUAAGACACAAGAAUUGGAACUACAACCUUGGACUGAGGGAGUACGUCGUACCGGUGUUAUUGCCCGCAAAAUUGGUCAAUAUCCUUUGUGGCUUAAAAAUGGCGAAAGAAUACGUACUACAUUAUUGCAAAUUGUUGAUAAUCAUGUUGUAAAGUAUAUUCCCCCUGAGGAAUACAAACCCACCCAUAAACCUAAUGUUUCCAAUUUGAGUAAUUAUGGCUGUCUGUUGGUGGGCGCUGAAAGUUGUGAUCCCUCGACAUUGACAAAAGAAUAUUGUGGUUUAUUUAAGGAUUCCGGUUUACUGCCCAAGAAACAUUUAGUAAGAUUUAUUGUUUCUCCCUCGGCAGCCAUACCAGUAGGCACCCCCUUGAAUGUGAAUCACUAUAGAGUGGGUGAUUAUAUAGAUGUUAGAGGAAAAACUGUCGACCACGGUUUCCAGGGUGUUGUUAAACGUCACGGUUUCAAGGGUAUGCCUGCCUCUCAUGGUGUUACUAAGACUCAUCGUCGUCCUGGUAAUAUUGGUGGUGGUGGCGAAAAGGGUCGUGUGUGGCCUGGUACAAAAAUGCCCGGUCAUAUGGGCAAUAGAUGGCGCAUUGCUAAAGGUUUACGUAUUUGGCGUAUUAAUACCAAAUACAAUGUUAUGUGGGUAAAUGGUAGUGCUAUACCUGGUUCAACUAACGGUUUGGUUUAUAUUUACGAUACUAUAUUGCCAUUGCGUAGACAUAAAACCGCACCACCAUUCCCCACAAGUUUUGAACAAAUUACAGAAGGACCUGAUGACAUCUGGUUUGAUCAAGUGCAUAAUUUCAAAGAUGAAACUAUAACAUUCAAACCGGAAGAGGAGAAAUAGUAAGUAUCGAAAGGAGUAAAUUUGUUAACGAAUAAAUUGUAGUGGUAAAGAUA